AUCUCCGUGCUGUCAGCAGACGUCUCUCUGUGCCCCCGUCUGAAGGUCCUCCGUCUGGAGGAGAACUGUCUGGAGCUGUCCUCCAUCCCUCAGUCCAUCCUGAAGGACUCCCAGGUGUCCCUGUUCUCUGUGGAGGGAAACCUGUUUGAGGUGAAGAAUCUCAGAGACCUGGAGGGUUACGACAAGUACAUGGAGCGUUUCACAGCCACCAAGAAGAAGUUCACCUGAAGAUGUUGGAUGAAGAGUCUCAAUCUCAGAGCACCACCUCGAGGUGGGGUCAGCCGUGACUCCGCCCACCACCGCUGCUUCUUCUGCUGCUAAAAUCCAGAAUUCACACAGCUGGGACAAAGGGGGGCGCCACUCAGACACCAAGACCUGCUGCUUCCAGUCGGAGUCAUCAAACUGCAGAGAGAGGAGAAGAAACUUUCAUUGUUUGUUUGUUGGACUCUUUAAUGAACGUUUGUCUCAUUUAAGGUGAAAAUGAUCUUCUGGAGCUCCACCCACCAGGAAGAGAAAGAGAAAAUAAUAAUCAAUAAUCAACUGAAACCACCAUUCAAAGUUAAUAUUAACCAACAAUAACAACAAUAAACCAAUAACUGACAUAUUAAUAGUUAAUAAUAGACAGUUAUAAUGGAUAAAGUAGUUUAUUAAUAAGUUGUGAUUAUUGAUUUGCUUCUUUAACAGCAUUGAGCACAUUUCCUCUCUGAUAUUGAGGUAGCAGCGUGGGAUCAUGGGAGUUGUUGUCUUUACCACCAUUGAGUCAUUGAGUCAGCUUCUCCCGGUUAGGUUCAGUAUUCAUGGUUCAGGAGGUUAUAGAUUAUUGAUUUAAUGACAUUAUAUUCAAAGCUAAAGGUUUUAUUGUUACAUUUUCAGUGUCUUUGUUAAAAAAGAUUUCAGUCCGAUGAAAAUUAAAAUUAGAAAUAUUCUGUUGGUUGAA